AAACAUGUGGCAUCUUAACUGAUCACCGGAAUAGUUGUUAUCAUCAUUGUCAUCACUUGUAAAUCGUCAUCAUCACCACUGGGGCCCUCGAGGCAAAUUUAGCCACGGGUCCCAAAAUUACUUAAUGCGGCACUGGCUAAAUAUGAAGGGUAUGCAUGACAGAAAGAGCACAAGCGCGAAACAGGGCCGUCGCUACGAAGUUGUCUACACAUGCGCGUCAAGACAAGGUUCCGCUCAAUCAUCAAAAUUGACAGAAAGAAAGCUUCGAACCGCAGUUUCGAACAGAAAAGGAACUGGUUGUUUUUGCCCGCAGAUAUCUCAAACAGUCAUUCCCUUAAGCUCUGCGAUAAAAAAAGAAAAAAAAAAGAAUAGUAACAUUCACCAACGAAUAAACUGUGGUAUACGGCUCAUAAUAGGCUGCUUUAUAAAUUCGAAUACUUUUCGUGUCCUUCCGUUUAGGGCUUUCAUUUUUCCCCCAUCGCGGCAGCCUCACGCGCUUGCAUGCUCACGCGAGCAUACGCUGUUAUAGCGCAGUGAAGCACGAGGCCGAAUGCUGCAACUGUUCUGCAGGGUGUCGUGUAAUCUAGCAAAUUAUGGCGCUCGAAAGACAGCAUGCAAAUUUCACGUGAGGCGAAUUGAGAAGAGAAAGAGAACGAAAUCUACAGACCAGGCAUUAAAGCCAGCCGAAUCUACGCUCUUGCCACUCACGCGAAGAGGGAUGUCUGAUCUGCUGGAACUUGUCUAAUCUACUGCAACUUGUCUAAAUCUCUUGGCCAUGAACGCGCGGAAUGAUACACUUUCAAGACGGAACUUCUUGCGCAUCUCCCACAGCGAUGUAGUCAAAGUGUGAAACGGAGCUCGAGAGACGCAGUUGGCGUCUUACCGCGCUUCGUUGCUCGUGCUUGCCGAACGGCCAGUUCUAUGUGCUUGUCAUCGCUAGGUGCUUGUAUAUGCUGCAGUAGAACCGCCGGCCACAGAAGCACAGCGCUCGGCGGAUCAAAGAACAUUCUGAUGCCUCAAAAGCCGUGUCAGCAAGCAAUGGACGAGCAGCGUUCGUCAGCCGAGCGUCCUUCAGUCACUCCUGCAGAGAGCUCUUCUUCCUCUCGUGCGGUGGACGUGCCGAUCAUUGUGCCGGCGUUCGUUUUCAGCCUUGGCUUUGGUGAGGGGGCCUUGAUGGACCCGUCGAAACAGCGAAGCGCGUUCGAAGAUUCCCCGCGCUCCGACGAGCCAGCAGUCUCCACAUUUAGCCCGGAUCUUAGCGGUGAGGCUGUCCAGCGCGGAUGCCAAGGCGCCAUCGAGGAGUCGCAGAAUCAGCAGCAGGAAGCAUCGGCGUGUAGCGGAGAUUUCGGCGAUCAGUCUGGGAUGAGCCACCUGGGUGGGCAAGACGCUCACAGCAGCACGCUCAGCUCCGUUCAGCAGUCGCCCGCACCCUCCAGUCCAAGCUCCAGUGACGAAGAUUUGGUGUACCGCAGAGAACAGCGUGACUCCGUAUCCGGCUUCGGCCACAGCGACGGUGAUAUUAUGAACCAGCUUGUGCCCCAAGGAAUGUUCGACAAGGCCUUGGACUUAAACCAUCAGCAACACAGUCUGCGCAAUUUAGGCUCCGGCGACCAUGAGUUCACGAAGCUUGAGCCGCAAGACGCCUUCUGUGAAACGCUCCGCUGCGAUCAGCAGCCUGCCUUUUUGCACAGUCUAGGUUUAAGAGACAAAAGUGUCGCCGACCAGAAGGACUCGUUCAGUGACACACUGCGCCCAGCUAAGACGUAUGAAUCCACAUUGAACCAGCCGGGAUUCCAUGAUGAGUCGAAGAACCAAUUGAAAUGGGAAGCGCAACCAUCCGCAGAGCAGAGUUCAGCUGCUGAUACAUUCCGGCAGUCAACUCAGCUGUCGAUCGCAGGGUGGAAUCCUCCGGACGCUAAUCAGAAAGCGUUCCAUGCCUCUGAGGACGUUGAACCUUUGGCGGUUGAUUUGAUGCCAGCGUUACCGUCUUCCCCACCCAGCGGACAAAUGAAUGGCGAAGGCCACCUAAAGGGCCAAGACGCACUCGAGAAACUACUGAAAUCGCAGCAACCUGAGCACCUCGUGACCUCCAACACCUCUGAAAUGAUGCCCCAGCAGCCUCCUGAUCAAAACACGGAACUCUAUGAUUCGCCGAUCAACCAGGCGACGAUGGAAUUGGCCCUCGCAGCGGCGCUGUCCGGUGCAGAUGAGCCUAUGAUGUCGCAGGAAGCGUCUCUCCGUACUCCGAGCCCCGACGACACUGCGAUGAUGUACCCGGGAAGUGAGUUGCAUGGAGGGCAAGCCUGUCACCAGCAGUGUGUCCGCGAAGGUUGCCCGAACCCAUCCGUCGUGUCGCGCGAAUGGGAUGGCGAGUACUGCAGCACUGAGUGCGUCGUGUUGCAUUGCAACAGGGUAUUCUCAAACUGGGUGGCCCGAAGGCUUGGCACCGAAGGUGCUGUCCAGCACACGAGUCUUACUGCUGAGCGGCCUUAUCUGCAGCACUAAUAUAAUACGUGCAACGUAAUUGUAACUUAGUACGAGCAAAUUCAGCAGUUUAUGAAGGAUUAGAUUCUGAACUUGUUAGGUGUAACGGUGUUUUAUGCGUUGUUUGCGCGUUGUGUGAUAGCAACUUGGGUAUCUUGUACAACAAAUAAAUGAAUAUGUCACCUG